UAGCCCGGCCAGGCCCGGCCCGCUCCAUUUUACAAUCGGGAAGUAGCAGAAGAAGCCUAUUCUAAUUUUCCAUAAUAAGAUGCAAGAAAAAAGGGCUAAAAUUUUGAAAAAGAAGCUCUGUGCCUCACUAAAUACCAACUCUACAAUCCACCUAUAAGGUCCCAUCUUUGAUCUAUUCCGAACCAACUCAGCCAUCCAAAACUUGUUCUUUUGUCUUUAUGUUUUUAGACUCUUCCCUCCUUGUCAGUUGCGGGUCCCUUCUUUUCCCUGUAUUUGUAUACUAGUAGUAGUAUCUGAUAACUCUCUUUCUCAUUGCCAGCCAACUCUCUUCCCCAUUCCCAUCUCAAAACAAAAAGCUUGCACCUUUCUAGACUCCUUUUUAAUCCACAAGAAAAAACUUGCCAUUUUUCAGAAGAGCCCAUCAACCGAGUCCUUUGAAAAGAGUAGAAUAUACCUUUAAUCUCUCUUGAUUUCUCAUUGGUUCCCUUCUGUUUCCAAGAUUUACCAAACCCAUCGUUUCCUCUAAAAAACAAAAAUCACUCGUAAUCCAAGUAGAGAUUAUCAAUAUAGGAAGAAGUUGAUAUUUUUUCUUUUCUUGGGAUCCAUUACUGAGCAAGCCUCUCAUUCUAAACCACCCAACUUCCUCUAGUAGUAGAGAGAUAAGAAUAGGUAUACACACAUUUUGAUUGAGGGAUGAGAGAAUUGUGGACAACGCUGGCAUCAAUGAUGGGGGUAUGGGCUUUCAGUCAAAGCCUCCUUCAAACAGUUUUCCCAGCAGAAGUCCGUUUUGCGUCCCUCAAAUUCAUCCAUCGCAUCUGCAACUGGUUCUCUGCCUAUUGCUACUAUGACAUAACGGAGAUCGACGGCGUUAAUACGAAUGAGCUUUACAACGCCGUUCAACUCUACCUGAGCAGCUCUGCCUCCAUCACCGGGAAUCGCCUCAGUCUCACAAGGGGACUCAAUUCCAGCAGCAUCACUUUUGGGCUGUCCAAUAACGAUUCCCUCAUUGACACAUUCAAUGGUGUUAAAGUCCUGUGGGAACACGUGGUCAUCCCAAGGCAGGCCCAGACAUUUUCAUGGCGUCCGCUCCCAGAAGAGAAAAGGGGUUUCCUCCUACGUGCCAAGAAGAAAGACAAAGCAGUGGUGUUGGGCUCUUAUCUGGAUUUUGUCAUGGAAAAGGCAAAUGAAAUUAGGAGGAAAAACCAAGAUCGGUUGCUGUACACGAAUUCACGUGGGGGUUCACUUGAUUCCAGAGGCCAUCCUUGGGAGUCGGUACCCUUUAAACAUCCCAGUACUUUUGAUACACUUGCUAUGGAUCCUCACAAAAAGGCUGAGAUUAUGGCAGAUCUUUUGGAUUUUGCGAAUGGAGAAUCUUUUUAUCAGACAACUGGGAGGGCUUGGAAAAGGGGUUACCUUCUUUACGGACCACCAGGGACAGGCAAGUCUAGCAUGAUUGCUGCCAUGGCCAAUUUUCUUGGUUAUGAUAUUUAUGAUCUUGAAUUAACCGAGGUCCACACUAACUCCGAGCUCAGGAAGUUGUUGAUGAAGACGAGUUCUAAAUCUAUCAUUGUCAUUGAGGAUAUUGAUUGCUCUAUCAAUUUGACUAACAGGAAAAAUAAUAGCACCCAUUCAUUCUCACCUCCAGGAGCAGGAGCAGGAGCAGGGAGCAAUGAAGACGGUGGGAAUACUAUAACUCUUUCUGGUUUGUUAAAUUUUACUGAUGGUUUGUGGUCAUGUUGUGGCACUGAGAGGAUAUUUGUGUUCACAACUAAUCACAUUGAGAAGCUUGAUCCUGCACUGUUGAGGAGUGGGAGAAUGGACAUGCACAUUCACAUGAGUUAUUGCUCUUUUGCCGCACUCAAGAUUCUCUUGAAGAAUUACUUGGGAUACGACGAUGAUGAUGUGGAGAAGCAACUUCUUGAGCAAUUAGAGCAAGUAAUUGAAAAAGCUGAAAUGACACCUGCUGAUAUAAGUGAGGUGUUAAUCAAGAAUAGGAGGAAUAAAAACAAGGCUGUUUGGGAAUUGCUAGAAGCUUUGAGGACAAGGGCUGAGAGGAAUGAUGCUGUAAAAUCAAGUGCGGACGAUGAAGAGCAAGAGAAAAGGGCAUUAGAGAGUCCUAAAGAAGCAAAGUGUGACGAGGAAAAAGAAUCAUCAGGAUGACAAGGUACAUUAGUAAGUGAUAUUACAAGGGUUAAAAAAAUACUAUUAAAAUUUUGCUUCUUUAAAUCUUUGUGGAGGGAAAGAAGAGACAAUAAAAUUUGCUAUUCAUGACACAUUUUUUUUAGUGAAUGGGCUUGAAAGAAAGGUGGGGAUUGAGGGGUUCAAAUAGGCAAAACAUGAAUUGACUGUAAGACAAAGGCAUUGUUCUACUAUUGCUUGGUUUAGUUUAAGUCUAUUUUGAAACAUACAAAAAAUAAUGGAACCAAAGUAUGAUUUGUCGAUUUA